UCAGCCAUUACUAUUUUCCCACAAAGAACAGACGGCAAGCAUGACUUCCGUGUUUGGAAUCCACAGCUCAUCGCCUAUGCUGGAUACCGCCAAGCUGAUGGUUCUGUCAUAGGUGAUCCCAUUAACGUCGAGUUCACUGACAUUUGCUUGCAGUUGGGCUGGAAGAGCAAAGGAAGUCGCUGGGAUAUACUGCCACUUGUGUUGUCCGCGAAUGGACACGAUCCAGAUUUUUUCGAUAUUCCGAAAGAAUAUGUAAUUGAAGUUCCUUUAGUACAUCCCGAAUAUGAAUGGUUCAAAGACUUCGAUUUAAGAUGGUACGUCGUUCCUGCGGUAUCGAAUAUGAUGUUUGACUGUGGAGGUAUUCAGUUUACAGCUGCACCUUUUAAUGGAUGGUACAUGUGUACUGAAAUUGGAUCUAGAGAUAUCUGUGAUCCUCAGCGAUUAAACAUGACGGAGAUCGUUGCUUCUAAAAUGGGAUUAGACACUAGAAGCCCAGUUACAUUAUGGAAAGAUAAAGCCUUAGUAGAGUGCAAUCUAGCCGUUCUUCAUAGUUUUCAGCUAAACGGGAUAACUAUUGUCGACCAUCACACGGCGUCCGAGUCUUUCAUGAAACAUCUCGAAAACGAAAACCGUCUGAGAAAUGGAUGUCCCGCCGAUUGGGUCUGGAUAGUGCCGCCACUAUCUGGAUCAAUUACUCCAGUAUUUCACCAAGAAAUGGCUCUGUAUUAUUUGAAACCAUCAUAUGAAUAUCAGGAACCAGCUUGGAAAACACACGAAUGGGACGUCUCACGGAAAGGGGAUCCAAAGAACAAGAAGCCAAGGAGGAAAUUCCACUUUAAGCAGAUCGCUCGUGCGGUCAAGUUUACUUCAAAACUAUUCGGAAGAGCUUUGUCCCGUCGCAUCAAGGCCACAGUCCUCUACGCCACGGAAACGGGAAAAUCCGAAAGCUUUGCCAAAAAGUUAUGCGAACUAUUCGGCCACGCUUUCAAUGCACAGGUUUACAGUAUGGAUGACUACGAUAUAUCCAACAUAGAACAUGAGGCUAUGCUUCUGGUUGUUACUUCGACUUUCGGGAAUGGAAACCCGCCAGAAAAUGGAGAAGUCAACAGUCAAACUGAGGCUAACGCAAAAUACAAUCAAUUAGACCGACUUAAUUCUAUGAAGGGCUCUCUAAAUGAGGCUCUUAUCGACGAUACAUUCGGACCUCUGAGUAACGUUAGGUUCGCAGUAUUUGGAUUAGGUUCGAGUGCCUAUCCACACUUUGCUGCCUUCGGAAAGUACGUGGACAAGUUACUGGGAGAACUUGGAGGAGAGCGGAUUAUGAAACUGACCACAGGAGAUGAGCUUUGUGGACUAGAACAAGCCUUUAACGAGUGGGCACCCCAAGUAUUUACGGUCGCCUGUGAUACAUUCUGUCUGGACGAUGUAGUUGUUGAUGUAGACGAUGCUAGAAAUAGAAUGGAUAAGGAAUUGACAGAACAAAAUGUAAGAUUCCUUGAAAGAACAACGACCUCUGCUGUGGAGGGAUUAUCUAAAUGUCACAAUAAAAAAAUAAACCCAUCAAAACUUAUUCGAAGAACCAAUUUACAUAAAAGCAAUGACCCGAAAUCCACGAUACUUCUGGAGUUUUCUUCAACUUCAACAUACAAACCUGGUGAUCAUCUUGCCGUCUAUCCAUUGAAUCGGUCAGAUAUUGUGGAUGGAGUUAUUAAGAAGUUAAGGGGGGCUGACAAUCCCGAUGUUUCUGUAGAGUUGCAAUUGAUGGAAGAGACCCAUACAUCAAACGGUAUUGUUAGAAAUUGGAAACCCCAUCAAAGAUUACCCAGUUGUUCCAUAAGGGAACUAUAUCAGCGGUAUUUAGAUAUAACCACACCAGCAACACCAAAUUUGUUAAAAUACUUCGCAUCCAUAGCAACUAGUGAAGAAGACAAAAAACAACUAACUUUACUUGCCACAGAAUAUUCUAGUGAUGUAAUGUAUUGGUUACUUACUGAAUCUUGUUUUAAGGACUCCGCUUCAUACGAAGAAUGGCGUCACUGGAGGUAUCCUCAUCUUUUAGAAGUUUUAGAACAAUUCCCCUCAGUUCUACCUCAUGCCGCUCUUCUUUCCGCACAAUUAAGUGUACUUCAACCGAGAUAUUACUCAAUAUCUUCAAGUCAGCGCCUAAAUCCCAAUGAAAUCCAUUUAACAGUAGCUGUUGUACAAUACAAAACUCAAGAUGGAGAUGGUGAGUUACAUUACGGUGUUUGCUCAAAUUACUUAAAGGAGGUUGAAUUAAACGAUGAAGUUUAUACUGCAGUUCGAAGUGCCCCAGGAUUCUAUCUACCAACGGAUGAGUCUCUGCCAAUUAUUGCAGUAGGUCCAGGAACUGGAAUUGCACCAUUCCGUGGUUUCUGGCAAGAAAGGGAAGCCAUAAUGAAAGAAAAACCCGGUAACUUGGGCAAAAAGUGGUUGUUCUUCGGUUGCAGAACGAAAGAUAUGGAUCUGUUUGGAGACGAAAAGGACGAAAUGGUCAAAAUGAAUGUUAUGGACCGCGUGUUCCUUGCUUUAUCCAGAGAACCUGGUGAACCAAAGGUUUACGUACAAGAUUUAGCCUUAAAAGAAUCAGAAGCAAUUUACCAACUUCUCGUUAAGGAAAAAGGUCAUUUAUACAUUUGCGGAGACAUUACAAUGGCUGAAGAUGUGUACCAGACAGUCCAAAACAUAAUUCAGAAAGAAGGAAAAAUGAGUGAUUCAGAAGUUCAGUCAUAUAUGUUAGCAUUGAGAGACGAAAAUAGAUAUCACGAAGACAUAUUUGGUGUAACUUUAAGGACCGCUGAAGUUCAUAAUCGAUCAAGAGAAUCGGCAAGAAUACGAUUGGCUACGGAAUCUUAA